AUGAAGGACACCCGGAGACUACUCAUUCAUCUUAAAUAUAUAUCAUACAUGGAAGAAACACGGCUUCAGAAGGCCGUUGCUUCGAUACCCAGAACUACAAUCACUGAAUUAUUCCGGGCCAUCGACCCUGUUGUCGUUGCUAAGAAUGCGGACCCAACAGACCAGAUAUAUAUAUCUCACGGAGCGUUCCAGUCUUUGAAUUUAGGAGCUACUAUCGACAUUUGGGGGGUACGGAGAUUGUAUUCUCAGCUACUGCGAUAUAUGCUAGUGAUAUUAUCAGCAUUGAAAGCCACGGGCGGUAUUUUACUGGCGGAGGAAUACGUCUAUCUACUUAGGUGUGCCGGUGCUGCCUCGGAUGUGGGAGGAAUAAAAUGGGUAUGGAAUGAGAUGAUCCGCACGAACACCUCGGAUUGGAGACACGGCGGAUUGUACGAUGAGUUCGUUUCUGCGCGGUUCCUCAUAAACCCGUCCUAUACAGGUUACGAUAAGACUAGGAGGAUGGUGACCGGCCGAAGUUUACAUCAGUCAAAAUUUAUCCUUCAUUGGCGCCAGAUUCGACGGUUGGAUUGGUUAAGAUACCACACCCGAGUAAAGAAACUGUUUUUUGGGCUUAAUAAGGACACCACCACACACGCGGAAGAUCUGAUACGAAUUAUGAGAAAAGACGGACCGGCCGGAAGGAUUUUCCACUUUAUUCGGAGGGACGGCAUCUUCAUGGACGAAUCUUUAGCGUCUAAUAUGAUGGUUGCUUUCGGCCGGGCCGGGUCUUUGCGAUUUAUCAAAACUGUUAUACUGGAGCAUGUUUUCGACAUCGACUUAGACAAGAUAACCUCUGGCGGGGCGGCUGGCCCAACUCCGCCCGAAACGGAUUCUUCCGAGCGCAAGCUCUCCUGGGUCCAUAUAAGGCCCGGUGUGCUUCUCAUGAAAGCAGUCGUCGAGACGUACGGUUCAAACGCAGAGAUCAGCCUCGCUUUACAGCUGGUAAAAUACAUAUCGGAGACCUAUCAAAUUCCUAUCCCCUCGUCUGUGUGGAAAGAUCUCCUGGAGUGGACUUACAUUAUGAGCGCUCCACCGACGUCUACCGGGUGGAAGAUUGCCAAGAUGUUUUCCAAAUCGCCGAAAGGGGAGGUGGUAGAGUUGAUCUGGGAUAUGAUGGUGUCUGAGCCGUAUUGCGUACAGCCCGAAUUCGAACACUACGAGAUCCUCAUUCGGGCUAUUAUAGGGCAACAUCGGUUUGGCAAAUUCCUCCCAUAUAUGAGGGAGGCGCUGACCUUGUACAACUUUCAAUGUCGAGAGUACGAAGAGGCGGUAAUUGAGUAUGUGCAGAUGAUUAACAACGGUGUGCGUAUCAGCGAAACGGUGCAUCGAUACCAACGGGCCCGGGCCAGAAAGGCGACUAUGCGGUAUAGCAUACAAACGUGGUGUCGGCAGUUCCUUAAUAGCGUACGUUCUUUCAACCCGACGAACCCGCUCGUGGUCGUCGCGGUCCCGGAUUUCAUCAACGAGUUCCGGGCUUUCAUCCCCAACCCGGCCACCUACCGCACGUCGACCGGAUACGUCGCGCUCUUCGACCCUUCCCGGGAAGCCGACCGUCUCUUCUUCGCCGAGGAGUUUCCCCUCUCCAUACAGCUGAAGAACAGGCUGGGCGAGGUCUUAUACCUGGACGCGGCUGUGAGGAAAUUCGCCUCCGUCUCCACCAAGUACACCUUGGCCGGCCGGACGCCGAUAUCUUAUUUCAACCUGCAGACGCUGCUCACAACUACGGGCCGGUCGAAGCUCCCGGGACCGCGAGAUGGUGCACAUGUCGAAGAAGGGCUCGAGGAGUCGACGGAUGGCUCUGGACCUGAACCUGAACCCUCGCCGGAGCCGACACAGGAUGCUUAUGAUGACGACGAGGACAUUAUUUUUUAG